UGAACAUCGCAUGGCGCAGCAUUAUUAUUGUUACGCGUCUUCGUUCACACUUCCUGUCUUUGUACAACGACAACCGUUAAUCGUCAUCGAUUUGUCACAGAUCAGGUCUCCAUUUUCGCUCCAGCGAGCAUUCCCGGCUACGGCUACGAAGCGCACAAGACAAGUACGACAGCGUCGGAAGUCGCCUUCUGUACCGCAACUCGAUGCCCCUCAACUUUGCCUCCGCCUCUGCCUCCACCUCUGCCGCGCCAAGAUGGGAUCUCAACGCUGCCGACGACCCAGCAGAUUGGGAGGAUGAAUUUUCCUAUCUCAAGCCUCUGGAUGCCGCUUUGCGGUGCGAGCUUUGCUUUGAUGUUUUCAGAGCUCCCGUCUCGUUGCGCUGCGGCCACACGUUUUGCUCGACAUGCGUGCGCAACGCCAUCAAUCAAGGUGGAGCAGGAGGACAGGAAUGUCCAAAGUGUAGAGCAAAGGCGCAGGACUCUCAUCUGACACCACAGAUUGCUCUCGAGACGGCGGCCGAAGCUUGGAGGGAUGCUAGGGCGCGGCUUUACGACUUGCAGACCGCACGCAAAGCUGCUGCAGAAGGAGCCAAGUCAGAAGCUACUUCGCCUCGCGGGCUCAAGCGCAAGGCGAGCGAAGAGCCGAAUACGUCUACCUCGAGUUCUCGGACCGCUCUCUCACCACCCAACAGCUCCCUGCGUCAGACGAGAUCAUCAUCACGAAGGCAAGAGACGAAUGCUGUUGGUCCAUCCUCCAAGCCAGAGUACGUCGUCGUCUCCGAUGACGAUGACGGUGACGUGUCUUAUGUACCCUCGAAUCACGCAUCACCCAGCAAGCGUGGCAGUCCUUCGAAGAAGUCCCCAGCUAAAGCCCCUCCUGAAGCUGAUGCCAGUGAGAGGGUGCAGUGUCCUUUGUGCAGUCACACUUUCACGCUCGCUGCCCUAAAUCGUCACUUGGAUCGAGGGGUACCUUGCUCGCCAGACGAUCCGCCUCCUAUUGCAGCUGAAAGUGGUCUUGCAACGCCAAGAAGCACGAUGAGCACAGGCUGGUUCACUGCCAAGGCACAGGGCAAUGGCGCCAGCAUUCCUAAGGGAGCCAAGCUCGUCCGCCCUCCCUACGUCUCCCUCAGGGAAAAGCAGAUCCGGGAGCUGCUGAUGGAGCACAGGCUAAGCAUUGCGGGAAGCAAGGAAAGGAGGAUAGAGAGACACCGGCAUUGGGUCAAUAUUUACAACGCAAACUUGGACGCGUCCGAAAGGAAUAGAAGGACUGUAGCACAGUUGAGGAGGGAGAUGGAGGAGUGGGACAAGGGACAGGACGAUGCGGAGCGACAAAAAGCGCGAGGCGGUGCCAUCUCGGAGAAGCGAGCCAAGGAUUGGGCGGGUCACCACAAUGCUCAAUUUUCCGAGCUCACUGCAGCUGCGAGAGAUUCUCACAGACGCAACAGAGAGGCGCAUCGUCCCUCUAAUCAAGUCGACUCUGGAAACGGGCGACAACUCGACGCCCCCGUGCCAACCUUGGCACCGGGGGCCGAUUCCUCUGCAGAGACCUCUGUAUAGCAAUGACAUUCCUGCGGCAUUGCGUGACAAAU